GAUAAUUUUCUUUCAACAAACAUUUCAUAAUUCUUUUUCAUUAAAAUUAAAUUUUAAAAAUAAAUCAAAAAAAUGUUUUCCAAAUUUUCAGUUCUUUCAAAAUUUUUCAAAUAUUCUCAUUUCAAACAUAAUGGCUUGAGGCGAAUUUUAAAAUGCGAAUGUGGAAGUAUUAUUACCAGACAAAGAUGUUUUUCCAAAAAUCCUCAAAAUAAGUUGUUAGAUCUUAAAGAUAGUAGAAAUGUUAAAUCGUUGCAUUUCAAUAAAGAACUCCAAUUUAACAUUUCCCGAAAUAUGAGCUCAAACAACAAUGAUGGCGAAGGAAAACAAAUAAAAAAUGCAGCUAAAAUAAAAAAGUUAAUAGAAAAACGUAAGAAAAAAAUUAUGCGAAGAAGAUCUAAAGUGAAAAUUCUAAAAGCUUCCCAAAUGAAAUGUAAACGUUGUAAGUCCAAUAAAGUACCCGAUGAUCCAAAAACUGUAAAUUUUAUAAAAGAAACCUUUCAAAAAGUAACGGAUUUGUCGAUUAAGAAAGGUUCUUCAAAAUUGCAAAUUCCAGAAUUGAACAAUAGCCCAGGUAUUUCGCAAUCGCACAUGCCGCCCAAAAAAGUUCAUGUCGAAUUUAUGGAAUCCCAAAACUUAAAAGAUUUUAAUCUUAAUAAGACUCCAACUUUAGAACUCAAUAGAAAUAAUUCUAAACAGAAUGUAAUCGAAAUUAAAAUUAAACCAAUUAAUUUAAAUGAUCGAAAGCCUUCAAAUGUAAAGUCGAUAGAAUUGAAUGUUAAAAAUAGUAUACACAAUUUGGAAACUCAACAUUUAACGAAAUCAAAUUUCGAUAAUCAAAAUAAAAAGAUGUUAAAUAGUGGUGAAAAUAAUGCAGUAAAAACAGAGGGCUUAGUCAUAUCAAAUGAAAAUUCUCAUAAGCAUAAAAGGAACUCCUUACGUGAAACCGUUUCCAACGACAAAAUUCCGAAACAAAAUAAUAAUACAAUUACCAAGAAAAGUGAAAACAUAAGAAUAUUAUACCAGGCCCAUCCGAAAAGAAAAACCAAAGUAAAGAUUCCAAAAUUCAUGAAAUCACAAAAAACUACAAAGACAAAACCUUACGAAAAAGAUAAAACUAAAAAAGUUUCAUUAACAAAUCAACCAUCUAAUGUUCCUUCACAACGUAAGGGAAUUUUAUUUCCUACCGAACCUGGUGAAUUUCUAAACUUUAAAAUACAAUCGAAGAAUUUAACUACCGAUAUUAAACCCUACGUAACAUUCGAAAAGGGUAUUCUAUAUCCAACAGAGAAGUGUGAACUAAAGAAAGUUUCCAUGUCGAGUAAUAAGCCACUGCCAAAAAUUGAUGCAAAUUAAUUAAAAAUUCCAAUCAAAAAGAAAGAUUUACAUAGUUCGCAAACCGAAAUAAAAGCCGUAAUACCAGAAGAAAUUCCUACGCCUAAAGUAGCAGAAAUCAAACAAGAAUUAAAUAAUAGCAAAUCUACAAAAACUUCAAAAAUCUUUACUGAAG